ACGAGGUUCUCUUUAGAUUCUUCAAACCCGGAACUUGACAAGAGUCUGUAAUUGUGGAUGCAUGUAGCACUGAAAUGGAAGUAGACAUGUCAUCUUAUCGUACGGGCGAUAAGUAAGGCUCAGUAGUGGGUUACACAGUUAUUGCCUUACUAACCUCCUCGUCACACAGUCAGUGUCGUCCAAAAAUGUCUGCAUUCAAGUGGAUUAUCUCAGGGAAAGGAAUCCAACGAACACUGACGUUGGCAGCUUUGUUUGCUCUAUUGUCCUUGACAGCAGCAGCAAGAAUCUCGCCAAGAAAUAAAGGAGUGAACUGGGCAGUUCUUGUUGCUGGAUCAAGUGGGUGGUCCAACUAUCGACAUCAGUCUGACAUCUGCCAUGCCUACCAUAUCAUGCACGACCGAGGUAUUCCCGAUGAACGUAUCAUUGUCAUGAUGUAUGACGACAUAGCCAACAACUUGCUGAAUCCCUAUCCAGGAAGAAUUUUCAACCACCCUAACGGAUCAGAUGUGUAUGCUGGGGUUCCCAAGGACUACACAGGUAAAGAAAUCACACCAGCACUUUUCCUGGCUGUACUACAAGGUGAUGAAGAAGCUGUGAAGGGCAUAGGCUCCGGAAAGGUGGUCAAAAGUGGUCCCGAUGACCGUAUCUUCGUCCAUUUGGAUGACCACGGAGCUCCUGGAUUACUUGGUUUUCCUCAUGGAGAACUGAUGGCAGAUGAAUUCGCGGCAGUUGUCACAAGCAUGCAUGAAGCAGAAAAAUACAAGGAGAUGAUGAUUUACAUCGAGACGUGUUAUUCUGGUUCUAUGUUUGAAGAACUUUACCCUACGUCGCUUAAAGUUUAUGGCCUCUCUGCAUCAAGCCCCUUGGAAUCGUCCUGGGCAACCUACUGCGACAGUUUAAACGGAGUUUGCCUUGGUGACGAGUUCAGUGUUAACUGGAUGCACGAUACGGAAGCCAAUGAUCCAACCACCGAGACCCUCAAAACUCAGUUUGAAAACACAAAGAGACUAACCAAAGGAUCACAGGUCAUGCAAUGGGGAGACACUUCAAUCGACGCACAAGUUGUAGCCACAUUCUUUGGUCCUACCAGUUCGGCGCCCAAGACGUACUCCACCAAACGUACUCAGGAGACUUCUAUACCAGUUCAUGAAGUGCCCCUUGUCAUGUUGGAACGAGAGCUGAAGUCUGCAACAAAUGAGUUUGAAAAGAAACGCAAAGCAAAGGAAAUUACUGCUCUCAUUCAGCGACGUGCGUUUGUCCACGAAACAAUGCAAACCAUUGCCCUCGUUGUAACUGGUGACGAGAAACGGGCCGAAGAGAUGAUGGUAAAGAAGGACAAACAGAUUACCAACUGGAGUUGCUACAACCCAGUUGUUCAUGCUUUCAGCGAGAACUGCUUCAAUCUUGGUCAGAGUACUUACGCCCUAACCACUGUUCACACACUGCUCCAUCUGUGUGAAGCUGGAUACAGUAGAGGUGAUAUUAUCAACAGCAUGAAUAUCGUUUGCAACUUCCUCACUAUUGAAAAUGCAAUCUAAUCACUUCAUCAAACAUGAAUUAAAUUCCCUACAAAAUCAAACCAUAGCAGAUGAUUUGCCCUGCAAUCUGAAGCGUUGCAAAAGAACUUUCACCUCAUAAAAGUCUAGUAGGGAAUAAACACAUAUCUCCUUAGAAGACAAAAUGUAAUAAUACACUGCAUCCAAAGGAAGAAAAGUUUUUUUUUUUUCCUUUUUAACAGCUGUCAUUGCUGGAAUUAAGAUUUAACAUGCCAUGCCUAU